AUGAUGAAUGCAAUUAGUGUUAAAUGUGAGAAGUUGAGCCCUGGAAAUAGAAGAAGUUUAUGUAUGGUGGAUUAUGAUAUUCCAGUUAAUAAUAAAUGUAUUAAAAGACGAAGAAAAUCUCCAGCAACUGUCGUUACAGUGAAUGAUAACAGCCAAAAAUUGGAUUCAUCAAAAGUAGAUCAAAGUAAUAGUAUUGUACAAACUCCUACUGUCAAGAGAAGUUCAAGAUUCAGAGGUGUUAGUAGGCAUCGAUGGACAGGGCGAUAUGAAGCUCAUUUAUGGGAUAAGGCUUCAUGGAAUGUAACUCAGAAAAAGAAGGGGAAACAAGUCUAUCUUGGAGCUUACGACGAAGAAGAAUCAGCAGCAAGAGCUUAUGAUUUAGCUGCAAUCAAGUAUUGGGGCACAACAACUUUCACCAAUUUUCCGAUAUCUGAUUAUGAGAAAGAAAUUGAGAUCAUGCAAAGUAUGACAAAGGAAGAACAUUUAGCCUCUUUAAGAAGAAGAAGCAGUGGUUUUGCUCGCGGAGUAUCCAAGUAUAGAGGAGUCGCGAGGCAUCAUCACAAUAACAGAUGGGAAGCAAGAAUAGGACGAGUAUUUGACACUCAAGAAGAGGCUGCUCGAGCUUAUGAUAUUGCAGCGAUUGAAUACAGGGGAACUAACGCGAUGACAAACUUUGACAUGAACACAUACAUUAGAUGGCUAAAGCCAAAUAAUACCAAUUCUCUAAUGCAAUUUCAAGAUUUAACAUCAGAAGAUCAGCCUAUACAAAUUAGUAACACUAAUGAUAUGAUCAACCCGAUACACGACUCUUCAUACUCGUUUAACCACAAUCAUUUCACAACCAUCACCACCAAUACUGAAAAACUGUAUGCUAUACCGCGUAGCCAGGAACCUAUUGAAAGAAAAAUGCCCUUAAGUUAUUGCAAGAAGUCAUCGUCACCUACUGCUCUAAGCCUUUUGCUUCGAUCCUCCAUGUUUCAAGAGCUCGUUGAGAAGAAUUCGAGCACUGAUUCUGAAGAGAGUGAAGAGAAUAACAUGAAGCACGGAGCACAAUCGAAUAGAGAAAAUGAGUUUUUGUUUUGCACAAAUGAUAAGUUGCCAAAAUUGGAGUCUUGGGAAAAUGGUACAACUUCUUCUUCAGCUUCCUUGGGAUAGACGAGUCCUAGUUUCUUCACAGGGUUGAUUUCUCAUAUUCUCAUAUGCUCACUCAACUAACAGUUAUUAUCUCAAAAAGUCAUGUAACCAGGCUGGACAUGAAAGCGGUCAAUUAACUAUUGGGCUGAGAAAUAGAACCAGAAGACCUUCACAAAGGUUGAUUUCGGAUCCAGGCCCAAUUAGCAGCUAGUUCAAAAGGACAUAUAGUUAGAAAUAAUAGUUUAUGCGUAAUAUGAUCAUGCUUUGGCAGUAUCUCUCAUCCGACUCUAGUUCCUUGUCUCCUUCUUCAUUCAUUCGAUCCUUGUUCUUACUUUCAAUAUUUCUGUAUUUUUGUUUGGGCUUUUGCAUUUUUGAGUUGUUGCAUUGACCUUGUUAAAUUGUAAUUGAACUUUAGAAA